AAGCAAAAUUUAAUUGAAAAAACGUAACUGGUAAUUAAUGUACAUUUUUGACGUCGCUGAUAAUAAAAGAGUUCAGGGCUAGACAUAGAAAAAUUUUCCUUAUUGUGUAAUUCGAAUUGUUUACAAUUAGCGGCGAAUGAAUUUGAUUUGCAAAGAAUUCCAAUCAUUUGUUCGUGAUGCAAUACCUGGAUUGGUUAAUAACUAAUUUAACACUAAAACGCUUUCUUGCUGGCUAAGAAUUUCAUAAUUAAACAAUCGCCCAACAAUUAUUUUAUCCAGUCUCAUCAUAAUUCACCGAAUCGCGCACUAGAAAUUAUGUUAAUAAUUUAAACUAUCACCUUGAUAAAUGCUAUGUGCUGUAUAAUACAAACGGAAAUUUAUAAAGUGACACAUUCGUGGUGAAUUGCGUGUUGUGUGUGUGUGAUAAUGGCUUUGCAGUAUCACUUUAAGGCGAAGAGUAUUGUGGAUGAGGGGAGGACCACUCAAACGGCGAUUGAUGAUGUCAAAGAGUGGUUGAAGAAUACGAAAUUGCCACAAUUGCCGGAUGAAUUAAUAGUUUUGUUUCUUUUAUCGUGUCAGAAUGAUGUACACUGUGUCAGGAAUACGAUUCAGGCGUAUUUUAAAAUCAAAAAUGAAGCGCCCGAAAUUUUCAAUUCGAGGGAUAUUGAUAGUGAGGAGCUGAAGAAGGCGAGGAAAGUUGUGAGUUGUGUCAGCAUUCCUGCCCGCAUGUCCAACAACACUGUCAUCCACUUUUUCAAACUCAACGACACAAAUUACCAAAAUUUUGAUUGGGUUCAUGCAAUGAAGCUCAGUUAUAUGUUACUGGAUGUGACUCAAAGACGAAAUCCGCCAAAUGAAUUAGUCGUGGUGAUCGACAUGAAAGGUGUUGGCUUCAUGCACAUAACACGUUUGAAAAUAGGGGCGGCAAAAAAAUUCUUAGAGUUUCUCCAAGAGGCAAUGCCGCUGAAAAUUAAGAUGAUUCAUAUUCUAAAUUCUAAUUACGUUUUUGAUAAGUUGAUUUCAGUUGUUAAAUUUUUCAUCAAGAGCGAUUUAAUGUCGAUUAUAAAAACACACCCACCAGAGACAGAUAUGAGCAAAUUUUACGAGGAUUGCAUACCGAGUGCUUGUUUGCCAAAGGAGUAUGGGGGCGAGUUGUCCUCAAUUGAAGAAAUGAAUGAGAAAAUGAUUCAGGAAUUUAGAGAGUUGAAGCCGUUUUUUGACGCCGAAGAGAAACUUAGAAGUUAUUGGAAAUAAUAUUAUUCUAAUUUCGAAGUGUUCAAGGGUUUUCUAAAUAAAUUGUGUUAUAUUAUUACUAAUUUUAGUUGUUAAUUUAGUUAAUUUUAAUUGUCACCUAUUGCACGAUUUUGUAAGCCUUCACUUGCUGUUCCUCAUCCCUGUAAAAUUUAUUCAUCCCUUGAAGCGCAUUAUAAGUUUGCACACUUAAGGUGGCUUGAUCGGGUAAACUACCCUCGUAAUCAGCAGGGAUGCAAUCCCUCGGUAAAUGAGUUUCAAAAAAACUCUCCAUUUUCAUGUUACUUGGGUGGAAUUUAAUCUACAAGAUAAGUUUUAGUCUUAGUUCAAGUUGCGAUUUUCAUUACCAUAUUGUAAAGCUCCUUGCUCAUCAAUGGCUUCAAAAUGACCAUAAUUUUGUCGAUAAAAUAGACAGUGUUGAAAAUA